GGAGUUCGCCACAGCGUACAUGUAGUGGCAGGCCCGCCUAGGCCCUAGCCCUACGCAGGGCCGCCCGUUAAGUCCGGGCCAGGGCUAAACGCCGAUCCUUCAGCUGGUCUUAGCCGUUCUCGUCAUCCUCCACCUGCCGUCCCCCACCUACGUCCCGCUCCGUCACAAGUCGUUAUGCCAGCCAUAGCUCCCCCCGCGCCAUCCGGCAUGCUCGUCGUGCUCGCCCCAGAGCUGCUAGAGCUGAUCCUGUCCUACCUAGAGCCGCAACAUCUCACCAGCUUCGGUCAGACCUGCGCUCGCGCUCGCGACUUCAUUCGCCCGAACAACCAGAUUCUGUGGAAAGCAUCCUUCCUCCAAGUCUGGGAUCAUCCAAAGCAUGUCUGGAGCUUGUUGACGCCCUCUGCUCGAGCUGUAAAUCGCGACCGUGAGUCGUCGUGGGAUUGGUACCGUGAAGUCUACCGACGAUGCAAAGCCUUCAAUGUGCUCUGCCGAUGCAACAGUGGAGUCCGUCCUGCGAACGUGGAGGACAUCGUUCCACCUCUCCUUGAUGUUUUAGACACCGCCUCGUACUCAGACAUAGCCGAGGACGGCAGCCGAGCAUCUCUCAACCUCGAAUUCCUACACCGUCUUCUCCAGCGAUGCCCGGAAUUUGACAGAGUGGUCCACGACUACCACAAAGAUAUCGAAUCCAUCUCACUUCCGUUGGAACUUCUCACUGAUUCGGACCGUCCAAUAACGCGGUCCAUGCUCGCACGGAGGGUGACCGUUCCAGAGUGGGCCAGCAGAUUCCAUACAUUCUAUGGUAUAACACAGAGAGAGGAAGACUCGGUUCGGUCCAAAGCCGCCGCAAGGGCUCUGGUGUACGACUGGUCAGUCACGGCGCCGAACGCAGACUUUGGGCCGUUAGUGAAGGAUGGAUCCGGUACAGUCCACUGGCAGACAGUAGAGGCGAUCGGCUCCUUGAUGCAUCGCAUCUUCGCUACCACCCUGAAAGCAUAUCGUCUCUCAGUCUCUGGGUUCCAGGUCAAUGUCCCUUUCCUGCUACCGCCAAGUCCUGUUGCGGAAGAUUGGGCAGGUAUCACAGGGACGUGGAUGGGGACGUACGCGUUUCUUGAUUAUAGAGCGCUUGUGCACUACAACUUCAGCCAUAACUUUGAGUAUCCCAUGGAUCUGGGCGAGUACGAAGAGGCCUGCGGUGAUCUGAUGCGGUUAAAGCUGAAACUCGGCGACUCCGAAGAGUUGCAGCAAGAUCGCAGACUGCAAACGGAUCUGCCAUACUGCAAAGACUUACCGAAGCUCUUCUUUACUGGUUCAUCCGGCGGCCGGCAGAUUGGAAGACCAUCAAUACGGGUGAGAGGGUUCGCUUGCCUAACUCCUGGAGGGAGACAGGUCCGCUGGCGAUUCAUCAUCAGAUAUGCUGGCUCGGAUCAAUGGCAGCUGGAAGGCGUUCAGCCGGGCGGUAUUCGUUCAGGAGGCAUCUAUGGGCUUUGGAGCCAUGUCGACCACGACGACCAUGGUGCGAUGGGUCCCUUCUUCUACGCUCCUUCUGAACUUUGCGACCCUUCCGACUAGCCCAAUACACAUCGGCUCACCUUACACGCUUCCCCUUUCCUCUCAGCUUCUCCCCAUGCAUCCAUAGGAUAUAUGGUGUCGGCACUCCAAAGACAAUGGCAAUGCCUGCCAGAACCGUAUUGCCAUAGCCAUAACCAGGU